AUGCAUCAUCGCAUGACCUUCACUUUACUAGCACUUGGUGGUCAGGCUGCCUGUGGCCCCUACUCUUCGAAGACCUGCGAUGGUCCACUUAUUGACUAUUGUUUUUCGACAUUACAUUUUGGACACCACGAUGAAUUGUUUGGACCAGAAUUCGUGAAAUUAAUUCGAAAUGAUCCUUUUCCAGAAAUCUGCUGCGGAUAUCGUUACGAUAUGGCACGAAAUUCAAAUAGCCUCCCUUGGAUUUUCUUGAGUCGAACAAAGCGCACGAGACACUACAGGAACAGUGGCGCCACAAAUUUUUUAGAUUCUAUCGAGAGAUACAGAAAGACUGAGAACUGA